AUGUUGGCAUUUGAGUGUGUUGAAGAAAUAGAGGUUUCAUUAGGAAGAAAGGUGACAUCUGCAGAGGCAUUUUGGCUGAACUAUUCAGCUAACAAGUCUGAUUACUUUUUGUAUUGUCAUAACCUCAUUUUCUUGAUCAUCUUCUAUUCCUUGCUUCCUCUACCCUACGUCAUCCUCCAACUCAUCAUCAGAAGCUCCAAAAACACCCAUAAAUUCAAGAUUCAACCAAACAUCACAUACUCGUUUACACAUAUGUUCGAUUGCUAUACGAAGGUCGUUAAGCUCUUUCUUCUUACAGUCGGUCCCCUCCAAUUGAUUUCGUUUCCUAUUAUUCAGUUUGUUGAAAUCAGGACAAGUUUACCAUUGCCGUCAAAAAGAGAGAUGUUUUUACAAAUUGUGGUGUAUUUCAUAGUAGAAGACUACGCAAACUAUUGGCUUCAUAGGUUGUUGCAUACGACGUGGGCGUACGAGAAAAUUCAUCGGGUCCAUCACGAAUACAGUGCACCGAUGAGCUUCGCUGCUUCUUAUGCACAUUGGGCAGAAGUCAUCAUCCUUGGCUUCGCUUCUUUCCUUGGUCCUCUCUUGGUUCCUUGUCAUAUGAUCACAAUGUGGUUAUGGAUGAUCGUUAGGCAUGCCGAGGCUAUUGAAACUCAUAGUGGAUAUGAUCUUCCAUGGAGUCCCACAAGAUUGAUACCAUUUUAUGGAGGAGCAGAAUACCAUGACUACCAUCACUAUGUUGGGGAAAAGGCUCAAAGCAACUUUGCUUCUGUUUUCACUUAUUGUGAUUACAUCUAUGGAACAGACAAGGGAUAUCGAUACGCAAAAAAACACAGGAAAGGUGUACGGACAAAAACUGUUGAGUAAACAAGGCAAAUAGAAGUGUCCAUGGUGAGAGUGUCUUUAAUACACUCUGAAAUGGAUGUUGGUAAUAACGUUGAAGUGGGGGUAAGCUAAUGAUGGUCAAGUAUUUUGAUUACAAAAAGAAUAACGCAAUCU